CCUGCAUGCUGCAGAGUCGUGUUUCUUCUUCCCCUGUAUGGCUGGGAUCUGCAGUGUGAUGAGAAAGUCACUGGUUAGGAUGCUUUAAAGACGAAGAACAUAUGCACACCACAAUGGAUUUUGGAAGUUGGAAUGUAUGUGAGCAAACGGUGGUACUACAAGGUGCAUUCUUGCUAGCCGAAAAGCUAAUCCAUCCCAAAACAUUGGUGGAGACAAAGAAGUCCGACUGGCCUUUGAUUGAAAAGCCGAUUACAGAUGCAUUAAAAGAAAUCUGCUUGGUUAGUCAAUCUCAAAACCAAGAAUGGAAGAAAAGGGCCAUUGCUGUUCUUUGGGCAAAAAUCCUUUGUUGCAGACCAGAUUUGUCCUUGGAUCCAGACAUGAAUAUUGAGAGAAAAUGGAAAGAAGAUGUUUUUUUUCCAGUAGAAAAAAUGAUCCCAAAAAUAAAUCAUACAGUUCUCUUUGAGCUGCUGAAAACAACAAAAGCAGCAAAAAUAUUUGCAGAACUGCUAUUAGCGUUUCCUCCAGAUUUCUGGGUUGACGAAGCAGAUUUAAUGAUGCAUCACGUUGUUGAGGAGACCUCCUUGGCUGAUGUAACUUUUUUUUUAGACAUCUGGUGGGAGAUUCUAAAAAGCAGCAAUGAUAGACAAGACGAGACCGUUAAGUUAUUUGGGGACAUCAUCUGUCAAUACCUAACAAAAUCAACUGAUGAACUUUGUCAACGCACCAAGAGAUUUAAACCUGACCCCGAGCAGUUUCUGCCCCCAGCUGAUAACAUUCUCACCAUUUUUAUAGAGGGAUUACACAAAAUUAGACAAUACAUUGAUAACAGUGAGCUAAAGUGCUAUACUGUUGCGAACCUGACUGAAAUGUUGUGCUCAUCUGCAUUUAUAGAGGAGACUCAGUGUCUUCCAAUCGGACUGUAUCUGGAAAAAAUUGUUGCUGUUCUAUCUUUUUGGAACACAGGAUCCAAAAAUCAGUGUCACAACUAUAACUUUCUGGAAAUGCUUAAAGAAGCAGAAAGAACCAUAAAGAGCGGUAGCACAGCUUCUAGGUUUAAGUUGUUACAUGGAGCUCAGCACUUUGGUUUAAAUAUCCUUAAAGAUUUACUGCACCAGUGGGGGGAUGAGAUACAAAAUUAUAUGAAUAGCAGCAAAGAUCUUGGGUAUGAAAGCUAUAGGAUGGCUGACAGCCUACUUUGCCUUCAUAAAAUCCUGAUAGAUUUAAGAGAUACGGAUACAUUUCCUGAAGAACAAAGAGGAAAUGCAUUAGAACUGGUGCACAGUAUUACAAGCCUUCAAGAGAAAACUGUGAACGUUCAAUUAAAACGUUCAACUGAUGACAGUACUACAAUUGCCACUGUUGCCAUGUCAAUUAUUGAGAAUAAAAUGGAUAGAUACAAAGAAGUGUGCUCUUUGUUUGCCUCCGAAGUAUCUUGGGCUUUUUCUGAAGACUGGAUAAACUGUCUAAAAAGGAACAAAGCCCAUUUUCAGGAGCCAGACCUAAUUUUUAAAUUACUGGAAACUGUAUCAAAGGCUACGUCUUUACAAAGCAAUGUAAGCAUUGAACAAAAGCAAAAUGCUACUAAUUUCAUUUUAAACUUAUUUGCAGAACUAUCUUUAAGUGAGAUGGACAAUGUGCUGCAGAGGGUUUUGUCUUCCUGGGGUAAGAAAGGACUAUCACAAAGUAUGAAAGCAUUUACAAAUGAUUUCCAAGAGGAACUUAACACAACGUUCAAUCAAAUCUCUCAAAGUGUGUCAGACUAUAGUGCUGCUAAGGCUGUUUCAAAAGUGGCAAAAUUAGCCUUAUUGUACCCUGAAGCAGUUGUAAAUAAAGCAUGCCAUUUUGCUGUUAUUAACCUUGGUGCUCAUACCUUUCUAGCAAAGAUAUUGAUUUCUUUACCUGCCUUACGUUUUAGGACUAUUAUUAAUGGAGAGACGUCAGUCUCACUACUAUCCCAGUGCUUGAUCGACACUUGUUGGGGAAAAUUAUCAUCUGCUAAAGAAGAAAGCCAAUUUUUAUACUUGUUGGCAUUUCUGAUGAAUCCUUCUGAAACUCAAGAUAGCACAGCUGUCAUUCUUCUCCAACCUGCAGAAGUAGUAAGAACAUUUGUUUUACCAUAUAUUCUAGAUGAUAGUUUCAAUAUUGAGCUAUGUUUACAAAUUCUUCAAAAAGCUCUGACUUUUCAAAAUUCUGUUGAUGAAUCUGGCAAACAUUGGAUUUUGUCCUGCGCUCCUUUUCCCCUUAUCAUGUCCCUUUGUAAACUUCUCAAUAGCUUUACAAAGUACUGGCAGCAUUCUGAACAGAAAUGUUUUCUUACACUAGGCUCCAAAGAGUUAAUCAUUGAUAUUCUUUCCAUCAUUUGUAGUUUGAUUCUGCCUGAAGCUGAAAAUUCUCCAGAAACUUGGAACAAAUCACUUUUUUGGCUUCAUAGAAAAAUGGAACAUUUGGAUUGGGUGAUACAUCUGAGACUAAAGCCAAUAUAUGGAGAGCACUUUAAAAAUGGAGUCCCCUCUCAAUUAUUUGAGGUCUGUAAACUUUCCGAGUACGAUUGGACGGCACUUGACCUUCCUGAAUAUGGUCCUGGUACAGGGCUGUUGGCUUGGCUGGAAUGUUGCUGCAUCUCCAGCAAUAUGAAAGAUCAAAUGCUUUCCCUCCUUUCCGUCAACAGAAAAAAUCCAGAAGAAGUUAAUCUCUUUAGCAAAGGGUUUCUAGUAGCCAUGAUACAAAUUCUUCCAUGGUGCAGUAUAACUGAAUCCAAGCUUCUUGCUCAGGUGGCAAUGACUCUUUUACAAAGGCAGCUUCUCCAUGUUCCAUACACUUUAGAAUAUGUGCAAUAUAUGCCACUCUUAAAUCUCCGGCCUUUUGCUUUUAACCUUCAAUUAUCCAUUCUUCUGCUCAGGGGAUUUCAGCUGCUUUGCAGUUCUAGCUGUUCUGAUUGGCUUUCGCAAGAGGGGCAGAAACACAUUGCUAGACUUUAUAGUAGCUGUAUGUCUGAUGUACUGGAGAGCAUCAAGCAGCAACUUGCAAAUAAUAAUGAAAUACAGGAAGGAAAAAAGGAAACAAACUAUGUGCAGGAGGUUUCCUUCAUCUAUACUCAGCUCUUCUGUCAUGUGCUUCAUAUAAUAGCAAUGAUGCCUGUUGAUACCUGUGAACCUCUUUACAUUCUGGCAUUAGAAAUUCUCUCUCUGUAUGAAACUUUGGGAGCAACUGACACCUCCACAAACAGUUUACUCAGAAGAGCUAACGAGAGGCAUUUUUUGACAUCCAUUACUGAAAAUGUGGUGAAUGAGCAACAUCGAGCUGCACUGUUGCAGAAAAUAAGUAAGCUGUAGAGAAAAACAAAAGCAGGACCAGGUCUUAUUCUUUAAUUACUGUAAUUUAAUUCAUCGAGAAUUUCAUGUGAACAACAUUGCAAAUUAGUUUUGCUUCAUUAUAUUCCAUAUGUAAUGUAGCAUUAAAGGGACAUUCUAGAGCAAAAA